AUGGAGGAAAUUAUGUACGAAUUUGGUGGUUACUCCGAUGAUCAUGAUUUUGAAUGGCCGGCGGCGGAGGAGUUUUCCGAUGGAUCGGACGGAAACAUUAUGUCGUCGGAAGUAUUUUCAGUAGUAGUUGAUACUUGUUCUAAUUUACAAGAAGAAGAUCAGAAAAAGAAUAUUAUCUCUUCUCAUCUGUUGUAUCCAAAGCUUCUUCUUACUUACAUCGACUGUCAUAAGGUGGGAGCACCACCUGAGAUUGUGAAUAUGUUGGACAAUAUUGCCCAAGAAAAUGAUCUUCAUAGGAGAUCAAGUAGCUGCAGCACAGCCUUAAAUCAACCAAUCACCGACGAUUCUGAGCUAGAUGAUUUCAUGGUAACUUAUUGUGAUGUGUUGGCUAAGUUGAAGUUGGAUCUGGGAAGGUCUUUCAAUGAAGCAACUACUUUUCUUAACGAUAUUCAAACUCAACUUACCAAUCUCUCCACUACAACAAAUAUCUCAGAAGAAGGAGCGGAGGAGGAGGGUGAUACAAUGGGUGGUGGGGUUAAUAAUGAGCAGCAGAAUGAUGAAUUGUGUAGAUCACGGAGUGAAAUAAAGGAUAAAUUAAUGGAAAAGUACAGUGGAUAUAUAACUAGUUUAAAGCAUGAUUUUUGCAAGAAGAAUUAUAACAAGGGAAAACUACCAAAAGAAGCAACACAAAUUUUGCUAAACUGGUGGACUACUCACUACAAUUGGCCUUAUCCUACGGAAGGAGAGAAAGUAAGGCUAGCAGAAUCAACAGGUUUAGAUCCAAAGCAGAUUAACAACUGGUUCAUAAAUCAACGGAAACGACACUGGAAAUUACCUUCACAAAACAUGCAAUUCCCUGUUAUGGAAACCAUAAAUGGUCGUCAUUUUUCUCAAUAA